AUGUUUCGUGGUGCUUCCGUAAACCUCAAUCCUGUUCCUACACCUCUCACCUACUUCGUUUUGGCCAACUUUCAUUGGAGUUCUCUUUCUCCACUGUUCGUCCACAGACGCCUCCAAAAGCCUUCAGCCAACGAUGUUCGUCUCUCCUCCUCCUCCUCUACCACCUCCGUUUAUGCCACGCCCUAUGGACCCUCUCAACGCACCUCCUUGGAGACGGCGACUGAGGCUGAAGGUGAGACCGCCACCUCGCCCCUGUACGAGGAGCCGGUCAAUCUUAUCCAGCGCCUCUCGCUGCAGCAACAUGAGGCGUCGUCACCGAUCGCGUCUGGCUGGAGUCCAGAACACCAGCCUUCCAAACGUUACCAGCAUAACCCCCCUUUCCUGCAGCGACACUCGCUCUCAUCGCAACUGGCACACAACACGACGACGCGGCGCGACGUGAAUACGCACGAUUGCAUACGGGCUGAGAGAGUGGAGUGCGGGAUGACUCAUGUUGACGCAGGUUGCUUACUGAUUGGCCUUUGGAGGGGUGUCGGGGCUGUGCUGAUGACUCAUGCCCUCUAUUACCGUCUAUCCACGCUCCCCAUGGUGGAGAUUCACUUUGAGUUUGAAUCAAAUCGCGCUAUGAAUUUGCCUCGCUCUGCAAAGCAUUCUGGUCUGGAUGGUGGUAUCCAGGCGGUAAUCGCACUGGUGCAUCUUGCAAACUUUCCCGCCUUUCUAUCCAAAUUGCCUUGGCGAUUUCGAGACGUCCAUGAAGACGCCAUAGAGCACAAUGAUCUAGAAAAGGUUAAUCCCAAUUCGGAGGAGAGUGCUCGACGUCGUCCACAUCGCUGCCUCAACAAGCUCCUCCUCCCUGUGCAGUUGCUUGGACGCUUCUCCUGCAGCAUCCACUCUGCUCAACUGUAA